CGGCCACCAGCAUCAUGACCCCGCAUGCCUCAGUUUGUCUGGGUGACGGACGGUACCACGUCACGAAUCACGUGGUCAAACCCCUGUCUAAAGCAGAAACGAGAAAAGUGAAAGGACAAGUUAUAUAUAAGAAAUAUAACUUUCUUAUAUUUGUCUGGGGACUAGACAAGAACACGAUGAGCGCGUUUCGGUUAGAUCUCAGCCCUCUGAAAGAGCCUCUGGGAUUUAUACGUGUACUGGAAUGGAUAUUUGCUAUUUUUGCUUUUGCUACGACUGGGGGUUAUUCUGGCUCUACCAGUUUCAACAUCCAGUGCAAGGACAAUGCCAGCAAAGAAAUAGAUGUAUCCUUCAGCUAUCCUUUUAGGCUCAAUACCCAGAGUUACAGUGUGCCAGACUGCAAAGUCAACACAACAAUGUUUAAACUCAAACAACUGACUGGAGAUUAUUCAUCUUCCGCUGAGUUCUUUGUAGCUAUUGGAGUUCUGGCUUUCCUGUACAGCACAGCUACACUAAUUGUGUUGUAUCUGGGUUACCAGCACAUCUACCGUGAAUCUCCUCGCGGCCCCAACAUUGAUCUACUGUUAACUGGGAUCUUCGCUUUUCUCUGGCUGGUGUGUUCAUCUGCAUGGGGAAAAGGCCUCACGGAUGUGAAAAUUUCAACCAGUCCGAAUACGCUUGUGUACAUAACUGAAGUGUGUAAACAAACAGGAAACAAGUGCACUGCUGGGCACAUCCCCUCAAUGGGCCGCCUCAAUUCCUCAGUGAUCUUUGGAUUCCUCAACCUUAUCCUGUGGAGAGGAAACUGCUGGUUCCUUUACAAGGAGACGCCAUUACACAAGUCAGCCAAUCAGCAAGCGGGAGCAGGACAGCCAUAAUUAAACAGGUCACAUCCACAUUCAUCAAGCAGGUGUUGUUGCAGUACUAAAGUGCUACAUAGCACCCGGUUUACUGAUGUUAUGGAUCUACCUGUCUUGACCUGUGUCACAAAUCCACCAAAGGUUCUUGCCUAUAGAGUAUCUCCAUUAUAUUCAAAUAUGGUCAAAUUUAGAUGUGCAUUUUACACACUACAGCAAAGCUGUAUACUUAGGGAAGGUACAAGAACACCUUAGCAAAUAAACUUUGUAUGAAGUAAACUGCAUCAUUAAAAUGUCAUAUUUCAUAUCUUUACUGUUACUGUCAUGUUUUUGAUGUAAUUUGAACGUGUUGCAUAAACAAAAUGUACAGAAUGUUUUUGAUUCCUGUUCACUUAAAUAUAUUUUGAAUUCAAUGUAUAACUUGAAUUUGCUGUUCUGAUGCUCCCUUUUUAUAACCGUUGAGGCUGUGCAGUACAAGAUGCUGUUGUGCUUAGUUAGUUUUGGCCUUAUAAAAUAGCAUCUCGGCUUACUUUUCAAUGUGCUUCUUGUGGUUGAAAUGGCCUUUUAUUAAAUGAAAUGUGUGCCUUAUAACUU